AUGCUUGGUGUCGGCUUCGCCCCCUCCCGGACCUCAACCACGGGCGGGCUGGCACUGGCGGCGCUCAGUCUCCUGUUCCUGUCCUCGUUUGGACUCUUCCGCCGGCUGGCUUAUGAGGGCUUCAUCGCGCUCCACAUUCUCCUGGGUAUUGUGCUCCUGGCGGCACUCUGCGUGCAUCGGCCCAUGUAUCGCGCGUGGGCUUGGGGUGGGUUCGUUAUCUGGGGUUUUGACCGGAUCGUUUCGCUGGGGAAGAUGGGAUGGGCGAGUCGAGCCGGCAAGACAGGCAAGACCGGCAAGACAGGGGCCGUGGUUGAAGUCCUAGGAGCUGAUGUGGUGAAAGUGACUGUCACGACUGGCAUGAAGUGGACCCCCGGGCAACACAUGUUCCUCACCAUGCCGAGCAUCGCACUGCAACAGCAUCCAUUCACCAUGGCCAGUCUCGCGAGCGCCGCGAGCAAUGCGAGCGAUGCGAGCCCUGCAAGCCCGGCGAGUGAUGCCAGCGCCGCGAGCGACACGAACGCCGCGAGGGAAGGAGGCCAGGCCGUCUUCUUCAUCCGCGCACACAAGGGUUUCACCCGCCACCUCCUCUCCCACCCCGGCCCACACCGAUGCCUCGUCGACGGUCCCUACGGCAUUCCACCCGCUCUGACGCAUUAUGCCUCUGUCACUUUACUAGCUGGCGGGACUGGGAUCAGUUUUUGCCUUGCCCUCCUCCUCGGCCUGGUCCGGGAUGCGAGGAGGAGUGAUUCGGCGGUUGGCCUUGUGCAUCUUGUUUGGAACACACGGGAUGAGGAUGCAGUGGCGUGGAUCAAGGGGAUGAUUGAGAUGGAGAUGGGCGGGAGUGCUGGUCGGAUGGAGGUUAGAGUCGAUGUACAUCGGACCAGGAGGGGGGUCGAAACUGCCACACCGUCUGUGGUCAGCGACAAGGACGAGCAGGGUGAGAAUGACGCUCUGGUGAGCGUUAUCAAUGUGCUGGAAGGACGGGCCGACGUCGAGGGCACCAUCCGCCGAAACAUUGCCAGUACCCCCAACGAUGCAGGAGGCAUGGCUGUGGUAGUGUGUGGUCCUUCGUCCUUGAACCUUGAAACGCGACGCGCCGUGUGUGCUGUGAACACACCCUCGGCCGUCGCCAAGGGGCAACCCCCGAUCCACUUCUACUCUGAGCAGUUCGGCUGGUAA